AUGCAAUCAAUUGAGAGACUUAAUGCUUCUGAUAGCGGAAAUGCAAGCACUGAAGACCUUCUUAUAAUUAAUAACAUUGCAACAUCAUUAGAUGCGACACAAAUGCCUAUAAUCAUUCGCGUACCUAGAGGACGUUCUUUUUUUGAAGAAAGCUCUAGCGAAGAUGUAUCAGAAAGGUCAAUACAUAUAAUUUAAUAAAAAAUAAAAUAAUUAAUAAAAAUUAUUUUUAUAUAAAAAACCAUCUUUAUUAGUAGCAUAAAAUAAAAUUUUAACUCCCCCUCCGUGAGUGAACAAAAAAAUUUUGUUCACUCACGGAGGGAGUUAAUUUUUUUUUAAGCAAUUUAUAUAUAAAAUUUUUAUAGAAAAAAAAAAAUUUCGAAAUUUUAAAAAAAUCCCAAAAAUUGGGAAGCAAAUAUUAAUUUAAUUUAAAAAAAUUAUGUUUUAAAAACGCAAUUUGUUUAAAAUUACACAGAAUUAGCUCGAGAUUUCAUUAUACUAAUUAUCACUUAUAUAUCAAUUUUUUUUUCAUAAAAAAUUUUUGUUCACUCAUGGAGGGUUGGUUUUUUAGCAAAAAAUAGGGAUUUUUCUAAAGGUUUUGUUCACUCACGGAAGGGAAGUGGGGGAGUAAGUAAAUUUAUGUAAAUCAUUAGAAAGGCUUAUUCGGACUUUUAAUCAAGAUGUCAUGAUAAUUGAUGAAACCUUGGAAUCUUUAUUAGAGAAGUCAUUUAGUGAAAAUUCCAGAGAAGACCCAGCAUCAUUUCUUGCUGACUUAAACUCUCAAAGCUGAAAAUAUCCAACAAUAGACGACAACAACAAUUCUUGUAGCUUCAAUGAUACUUUUUCAAAUAAUAAAAAGAAAAAUUACAUAGAAACACUUCGUGAGGAAGUUUAUUUUGAGCAGCCAUUCACAUUAAUUACACUUGGCGAUAAUGAAUUGUUUUUGCAUGAUAUGGUUAAGAUUAAGAUUACGAUAACUCUCUGUCGACCCCCACUUAGCUUAGGAUCUAACAAUACAAGCCCAUCCUUAAUGAAUUCCAUCCACUAGCUGCUGGAGCAGUCCCAACGCUGAUUUCCUUCAGAAAGAAUGAACUUCCCUCAAUAGGACAAAUAUAGGGGACGGAACCCCUAACUCAUACAUUCCAUUUUUAAUUGUGCAUGAUAUGGUAAAUGACAGAGAAAACAAUAUAAAUUUUCCAGAAAACAUAGAGCUUGACGCAGUUUGUGUUUUACCUGAUGGACAAAUUAUAGCCACUUGCAAAGGAAGUUUACCAUCAUUUAGGUAUCAAGCUUCUAAUGGCUGAAAUUAUAUAGGAGAGUUAAUUCAUGCAAGGAGUGGCCAUUUUAUGGUUUUUCAUAAAGGGACUGUAUAUGUAAUUGGAGGAACUUUUCAAGGAAAACUAAGGAGAGAGGUAGAAAAACUUAACCCAAAUGACUGUUGGGAAGAAAUUGCCCCACUUAAUAAUCCAAGGAUGCACUCGUCAGCUGCAUCUAUGCAAGGGAAGUUAUACGUGACCGGUGGAAUAUGUGAAAUAGAAAAUUAUGCAUCAAUCGAAGUUCUAUCUGGAAAAAUAUGAUCUAUUUUGGAUGUAAAAAUUCCUAAUAAUUUAUAUGGGCAUGCUUGCUUUUUUACACCAGAGCAUAAAUUGGUAAUUUUAGGCGGUAUGAUAGAAAAUAAUGGUUUAUUCUGUAGAAAAUUAAUUUGACACUGGAAAAUAUACAAUAAAAUGCCACAAAAAAAAUCCUUAAAAUCAUGUAAAUUCUAUAAUUACUUUCAAUUUAAGACAGUAUAUAUUUUUUAUUAAAAAUAAUUUUGAGUUAUUAAUAAUUAAUUUUAUAAAUUUAUUCUUCAUAUCAAAAAUAAUCCAGCACGCUCAAUUUCAAUUAUCACAGAAGGAGAAGGAGUAGUGGUAGACUCUCUUAGCUGUGAAGACUAUUUUCCUUUAAACUCUUGGAGCUAUUUUGAAGAAGAAGGAAAAAUCAUUAUAUGGGGUUCCAAAGCCUUAUGGAAAUUCGACAUUUCCACUUUGACACUAUAUUUGCAUAAAACCUGGCCUGUAAUAAAAGAUUAG